GUUCAGCUGCUGGCUGAAGUGGGUGUACGGUCCAGCUCUUUGAAUAUUUUCUAAUAUCUGUCUCCACAUUAUACUGACAACUGUGGACUUCAGUACUUAUAUUCGUUCCCUAAUAGUUAACGUGGGAAAGUAAACGAAGAACUGUCAAGCCUCAGAUCAGGCGAAGUGUGGUGGUUGUUACUUGUGGUGCGGGAGCCGCCGUGCUUGCUUGGCCCACAGUGCAGUGAAUCAAGAUAAUGUGACCGAGACAUUCCGAGAAGACGUAGACGGGCAUGCCACGGAGCAGGAAAAGGUUCUCUUUGGAAAGCGAGGAUGUCGCCGCCGCUGCCGCCGUCAUCACCACUUGGAGGACAUAGGGCGUGAAAGGACGCCCUAAGAAAGUGCACGGGACAAGCACGCAUAGGAUGUCCUUGUCGAGAAUGUUGAAAUGCUUACUAGCUGUCUGUGACCGAGAUAUUUUGCCUCAAGCUAGCUUUGAGACGAAAUAAGUUACUUGUGAGGUUAUUAUAAUUAAAAGUUUCUCAUUGACGGCUGGCGACAUAUCCCCGCAAGGUAUGGUGGCUGUCAGACACGGCCACACCACCCGCCACAGGAGCCGAGGCCUCACCUAAAAAAAAAACUAAUAAAUAAAUAAAAAGAUAAAGUCAAGACUGACAACACCAGCAACAACAAAAAUAUUAAUUUGAAACCACUUGCACGUUCCGCAGGAAGAGAGGGAGAGUGAGGCAAAAAAGAUCAAUACUUGAGUCCACAUCAAGGAGGUGCCACUGCAAAGGCAGGACUUCCUAGAUACAUAUCAACAUCCCUAUCUUGCUCAUUACUUCAGACAUAUCACCGGGGAAGUGCCCAUGUUAAGCCUGAACAUUUUCCCAAUAGAAAAGGAAAAAUAACACCUGAAGGGAACACACCGCAACAAUAACUCGCAAUGUGUACUCCUGCACCUCCUUGGCGAGCUUGAUGGAGUGAGUCAGAGGGUUUGUGCUGGCGUGUGACAGGACGGGAAUACAACACACAUUCACACCAUGACAAGAGUUCACAGGAGACCGCCGUGCCUUAGAUACGAGUGAAACAAGGACAGGCACAAGCCCUCCCUUGGCCCCAAUAGACACUCGUGCAUUGUUCGAGUGUUUGCAUGACUUUUUCCCAACCGUGGCGUGCCUGGGCGGGGUGUUGCCAUGGUGUGAAGUGCAGUAGACAACGAAACUCGGCCCGUCCCACCUUCACUUCCCCCCUGACCCUCAUUCCUACUCACGCAAGGGAUAAGCAAGAACUACACACACCACCCCACACAAAGAAAUAACAUGUGGGUGGCUCAGAACACUCCUGAACUCCAGGCACCCAUGUUGUCAGGCAGUGAGGAGGAGCAGUCCACGCGCCGCCCCUUCGAGUUCCUGACUAACAUCUUCAAGCGACGACGGGAACACGACUGCGAGACUGAGACCGAGGACGAGGCCAGCCGGCCCCCAGAUAUCACACUCCACGGUCCAAACGACAGCGGUCCGGGCUGGGCCGGGGACGACAUGGUCUCCCCCCCAAGGAGAACCCCUGCGGCGGGUUGCCUGGAGGCCUCAGUGACGUCAUUAGAGGAGGGUGGAGGAGCGACAGCAGGACCCGUGCACCACACUCCUGUCAAGUCCCGCGACAUAGGGAUUGACAUGGAAGCCAUCAGACUGUCCCGUCAGGACAAUCCUUACCUGCAGAGGGUGGCGGAAUCCCAGACCACGCUUACGGAGGAGGAGGAGGCGGCGGAGGACGUAGGCGGCAGCCAGCAGGAAGACCGUGCCCACCUCGUUACGCAGGCCAGCCAGGAGGGAGUGCUCUCACUCUCCGAGGUUCAUGAACACCUCAUACGGUCCCCCCCUCCCACCACACUGCCCAGGACUCUCCCCAAGAGUGUGUUUGUCUUCCCGGCCUCAAAGGGCGGCGAUGGAACCAACGCCCAGAGUGAAACAUCAGCAGCACCAGCAACAGGGCCGGGCCGUCCCUCGCAGGUGCUGAAGCCCGUGGUAGCGCGCCAGCAUGAGGACGUCUUGGACAACCACCUGCGACAGAUCCUGCACACACAGCGGCAGCUGGCUGUGGCCAGGGGGCGUCCAGGUGAGAGUGGUGGCGUAGGUUGUUCCAGCGUCCCUGCCUCCCCCGCCCACAGCCGCGCCCUCACCAGACGCUCCCCACACGCCCGCACCCACUCGGAAGAAGCCUCUGUGGUUCAGAAUGCCGGAGGUUCGUCUGAAGCGUCGCCUGUGAUGGGCUUGGGGGUGGGAGGGAGUGGCGGCAUGAGUGUGUCCGCGCCCGGCAUGGGGACGUUGGGCACUGGAAGCCUCAGCGGCCUGGCGCCCGUCAUGCCGCCGGGCAGACGGCAGCACUCUUCCAACGACCUGCUCCUCAACCCCGCCAACCCUCCCAUCAGCAACUCACCCACGCCCUCGCCACCCGUCCUCAAACCAAUAUCAUCUAAAACCAAAAAAGGCUUGGCCACGGCCACACACCAUCCCAUUCCUGGUUUAGCCCCGGGAGGACACAUCCCCAUGAGGGCGCGCCACCUCUACGUAUCGGGCCGCCUGGUAUUGCUCGACCCCGCGUGUAGGUGGCUCAGGAGCGGCGUCUGUCCCGAGGGAGCCUCCAGCAGCGCGGCACUUCGCCUGCCUAUCCGCUACCCGCACCAGCCGGCGACCUCCUCCACCCUCAUCGACAUCACCUGAAUACUGCCACUGUGCCACGCAUGCUGCUCACCCCUUUGCCUUUUAGAACCGUUAGCAACAUUUUUUUAUUACACCUUCAGGUAGCCAUAUCACAUAACUGGUUGUUCUUUAAAUAUUAGUUUACUUUUUCUUUACUUCCCAACUUUUGGUACUCAGUUCAUCGGUAACGACUAGCUAACGACUAACUUCUAUUGUUGUUGAAAUGAAAUCUCGCCCAAUCAGCACCUUGCCAAGCAGAUCUCGAGGAGCGUGAUUUCAAAGUGGUAUAUAUUAUCAUUUUUCUUGCAAUUGCGGGCGUUCUUACAUCAUUGUUGACAGAAUGAUUAACACGGAUACAAUGAAGCAGUAUAGAGGACACCUUAUACCAUAUUGAUAUAUUUAUUUAUUUAUUCAUUUAU